CGUGGGCCGGGCAAACCUACUUGCUGCCGCCCAACAACGCGACGGGGCCCAGGAUUCAGCGACGGACGGGGGUGUCCGACUCCGACCGCGCGGCGACGCUUCUAGACUUGUUGCCCUCCCCCAGAAAGGAAAGAGCACGCAUCAGCAGGCAGCAGCACCGGAGCAGAGGCAGCGACAAGAGUCCAGACCGUUCUCCGUGUCUCUCCCCGCCCCGCCCCGCCACGCCACGCCCUUCCGAAGCAUCACCUCACCCGCUCGCGAUGGGCUCGCCGCUCCGCACCGUGCACCUCCGCCGCUCGUCGUCCUCGUCGCCGGGCGGCACCGUGGCGAUCGCGGUGGACGGCGGCUCCGGGGUGGACCUGGCCCGGGUGGGGCUCGCGCUGGGGCUGGACCCGGCCUCCGUCCGCCCCAACGGCUACUUCCUCAGCCGCGGCCCCGGCCACGUCUGCUCCGCCGUCACGUGGCGCGCGCUCCUCAACUUCUUCGCCGCGCGCGGGCUGCCCACCGGCGCCGACGCCGCCGCGCCCGUCGCCGUGGACGGCAAGCCAGCCGCGCCGCCUGCCCCGCCCUCAGAUCCUAUAACUCUUGUGUCCUCAAAGCGAAAAUCUGGACUCGAGGUAGAAAGGCGUUCCAAGAGGACCAAGCCUCAAGAGAACAGAUCAAGAGGUGAUGAUGUACUUGGUGAAGAAAUCGUCCUUGGUUUGAAGAGAAGACUCAGAUUGGAUGACACAAUUCCAGCAAAAAAGAUUAAGCAAGAGGCGCACGGUUCAGACACACAGCAGCCGGUUAAAUUCUCUUGCAGCUUUGUAAAUGCAAAUGGAAAGCGGGCACGGGAGGAGGAGAUGAUCGCUUCGCUUUCAUGUAAAAGAGUUCGGUGAUAGAGAAUGCGCACAAGCCUUCGAAAACACGCUUCGCGGUCGCGGCAGAGAAUACGAACAAACCUUUGAAAACACGCAUCGCGGCAUCAGUCCGCUUAAGGCAUCCUCCAGAGGUGAGGUAAAUUGUCAUGCCUGAUUGUAUGUUCCAGAGGUCAUGUAGGCUUCAUCAGCCAAAAGGCCAUAGAAUUUUGCUUGGAGGCAAUUGUUGAUGCAGCUACUGUAUGCUGCACUUCAGCAGUCCCGUGUACUGUGUACAUCCGUGUGAUUGGCAUGAUAUCUGUAACUGGAAAGAUGUUAUCUGUGAAUAUCAAAAUGGCCGUAACUGGAAUUUUA